AAAUCGAGUUUAAUUGCUUAUCAUUUUCAUGUUGAAGUCUAAUGUUAAUUGUAUGAUUCGUGAAUCAAAUACGAUUAAUAAAAUAUCGGUAUGUUGAAGCACUUUGAAAGUUCGAAGUCUGAUUGCAACAAUUUUUGAACAGACAAAUGGUGUUUCGUAUCAAAUAUCAAUCACAAUUCCGACGAUUCUCUAUCGUGAAGAUACUUACCGAAGACGGCCUUUACAAUAAGUUUGACACGUACCUCACAACAAAUGAGGUAACAACUGCUGCUGAUUUGGAAAUGGACACUACUUCUCCAUCUCUUAAUCCAAACCAAGUCACACAAACUUGCGAACAAUCGAGCGUUGCUCAACCAGAUUCUGCUGCUGACCAUAAGGGGAGUCCUUCUGCAAGCUGCAGCAGUACUCCUGCCAAGAGGGUCGCUACGUCGACCUCAAUCAACGACCUCAUUCAGGCUGAAGAGCUCACUCCUAAACAAUCGGCCACUAAGUCCAAGAAUGGAAAAAAGACAAAGCAGCUCAAAAAUGACUAAUAUGACUUUCAAGUUAUCUAGGGCCUGUCACAGUUUAUACUAGACUGCAUUCUUUCUUGGAAACUGCCUCCAUUGCCUCCAUUGUGUAAGAUGCUGCGACAUAUGACCUGCUGCAGAGUACAAAUUCCAUCAUUUAGGGAAAGCAUGGAGAUUGUUGUCACUUCAACCAUAAAUGCAUGGUGCUUCAUUACACGCUCUCUUAAAGUUGCAAAGUAUGGACCCAUUUGACAGAAAACGUAGCGCGAAAAAGGCACGAUCAAGAAGGUCGAUGCUUUUGAAAGAGAAUCGUUCCAAACGUCAAAAAUACAAUCCUCACCAACAACUGCCGCUUGAAACUCCAAUGUCAUUCACGCCGAGGCAACCUUUGUCCGAAUUGAGUCCAUCAUUUCAAAACAGUACUGCAAGAACUGUCAUUUCUGGACAGUCACUUGGUAUUAGUGUAGGUUUUGAAGGUUCGGGACCUAGCGUAACAAGACACACCUUUAAAACAAAUAUAAGGUCCCGACCGAUAGAUAACUUGGCAACAAAUCUAUUUUUAAAAUUUGCAUCCACUUCUGCGGUGAAGGAAAAUGAGGGAAUUACUCCUUCCUCAUUGAAAGCUAAUCAAAAUCUGCCUGCAAGUGAAAACAUCAUCGGUGAAGCUGGAAGUUCUUCUACGAUAAACACCUUACCACAAAUUCCCAGACCAGUGAGAGGUAGGCCUAAGAAUCACUAUGGAGUUCCAAAUAUGGCUAGGAACUUAACCAGAAAGUUUCCUAUACUUGAAAGAGAGGAAGGGCAUCACACGGCGAAUUUGAACCUCGGUUACACCAGACAAACAAGUAGUAAUCCAACAAUGGCAGAACAACAACCAUGCCAUACAAACCACACGUCGCAGGCCAUAGCAAGACCGAGAUGCUUAUCAAAUUGUUGUGUUGAUGCUCCCAAACGACCUAGAGGCAGGCCAAGAAAACAAAUGCCUGAUCCAGAGCCGGGGUUGAAUUUCAAGGAGUUACGACCCAGCCAAACGAGUAAUCGGACGCAACCCAUUCCAAAUAAUACGCCCGGACCAAGUAAUGUCAUUAAGGAGACCCCACCUGCUCGGCAAAUAGGAAAUAUAUCCAACAAUCAUGUUUCUCACGAGGUAACGCAAAUGUCACAGUCCACGACGAAUCACCAUCGUAGAACGGAGCCACCGUGUCCUAUUUUUACACCUACGAUUAAUAUGGAUUUUAAUAGCGACUCCAAUGAGGACAGCGACUACGACCCGUUUGCAACAUACCUAUCCGACGAGGAUAACUGUUCUGACCCAGAAGAUGUUGAAGCACCUUUUACAAUCCAUGAUAAUGCAAUAGGACAUUCUGAGGAAUAUUACGAUAUCGGUUCCCCACUUCUCGAAUGUUGUUAUUGCAAAGCAAGGAUGUGGUAUCAAGAAAGAAUGCACAAAAGUACACAUUCAGCUAACCCAAAGUUUAUGAUGUGCUGUGGUAACGGCAAAGUUGAACUACCAUUGCUAAAAGAGCCUCCUGAGCUACUUGCAAAACUUUUAUGGGAUCACAACAGUAUAGUUAGCCGGAAGUUUCAACAACAUAUCCGACUAUACAAUAUGAUGUUUGCAUUCACAUCACCCGGAGCAAAGAUAGACAAUCGUUUUAACAAUGGUCGCGGGCCUCCAACAAUGAGGAUACAAGGUCAAACGUGUCAUCGAAUAGGAAGUUUGCUCCCUCCUCAGGGGCAAAAACCGAAAUUUGCACAGUUAUAUAUAUAUGACACGGAAAAUGAAGUCGAAAACCGGAUGGAUGGACUUCGGAACAAGGAGAACAUUGAUUCUGAUGUUGUAAACCAGUUGUCCAAUAUGCUGUACGAAUUCAAUCCCCAUGCAAAGAGCUUUCAAAUGGCGAAACAAUGGUUAAAUAGUGGGGAAACUCAAAACCUCAAGCUACGCCUCAUUUCUAACCGAAGCACCGACGGAAGGGUAUAUAACCAACCUACUGUGUCUGAAGUUGCAGCCUUGGUUGUGGGUGAUAUUGACACGGCAGAAAUGCGUGAUAUCAUUAUGCAAACAAGAGGUGGGGGACUUCAGAGAAUCAACGAGCUGCAUGCUGCUUACAUGGCUUACCAGUAUCCUUUGAUUUUUCCUUAUGGUGAGGACGGUUAUAGACCUGAUGUAGCUCAUAGGGACUUGCCUGCCAACAAUAACAGCAUACGAAACAGGCUCACAAUUCGGGAGUUCUUGGCAUACCGCAUUCAAACCAGGUUAAAUGAAGCUAAGACUUUAUUAUCUUCUAGAAGGUUGUUCCAGCAAUUUCUGGUCGAUGGUUACACAAUGUUAGAGUCUGAGAAACUAGAAUGGCUACGUAAAAAUCAACCAAAACUUCGAGUUUCCAAGUACAACUCUUUAAAUGAAGAGGGAGACCAAAGUCAAGCCCAAGGGAACAGCAUAGGUAAACGAGUGGUUUUGCCUUCCUCCUUUGUCGGAGGUCGUAGGUUUAUGGAUCAAUUGUACUAUGAUGGAAUGGCUAUAUGCAGUAAAGUUGGAUUUCCUGAUUUGUUUAUUACCUUUACUUGUAAUCCAAAUUGGCCUGAGAUUCAAAGAGUGCUUAGACCUCUUCACUUGAAACCUCAAGAUCGACCGGAUAUCAUCUCAAGAGUCUUCAAAAUCAAGUUUGAUCAAUUGCUUACAGAUUUAACCAAAAAAGGUGUUCUUGGAAAAGUACUUGCCUAUAUGUACACCAUUGAGUUUCAAAAGAGAGGAUUGCCUCAUGCCCAUAUAUUAAUCUUCUUGCAUCCUUCAAACAAAUAUCCAAGUCCAGAAGACAUUGACAAGAUCAUUAGUGCUGAAGUGCCCGAUCCAGAAACACACCCUCGGUUGUACAGUUUGGUCAAAGCUCACAUGGUUCAUGGUCCUUGUGGUUUGUUAAAUCCCAAGACACCUUGCACGAAAGAUGGGAGGUGCACCAAGUUUUACCCUAAGAAGUUUCAACCUACGACGAUCGUGGACCAAGAAGGGUAUCCUGUUUAUAGGCGAAGAGACAACAAACACACCAUUGAAAAAAAUGGAAUCAUCUUUCAUAGUGGUCAUGUUGUUCCACACAAUCCAAGUUUGUUGUUGAAGUACGAAGCCCACAUUAACAUGGAAUGGUGCAACCAGAGUACUUCUAUCAAAUACCUUUUCAAAUAUAUAAACAAAGGUUCCGAUAGAAUUUCUGCAAUCAUACAAGGCCAAGAUAAAAACAACGUCGACGAGAUCAAGCAAUAUUUGGAUUGUCGAUACAUCUCCCCAAGUGAAGCAUGUUGGAGGAUAUUUUCCUAUUCUAUACAUGGCAGAAAGCCAGCCGUAGAAAGAUUGUUUUUUCACAUGGAAGGCGAAAACUCUGUGUACUACAAAGACUAUGAGCAAGUUGGUGAUGUGUUGCUAAAGCCAAGUGUAACUGAGUCUAUGUUUACAGCAUGGUUCGAAGCAAACAAGACUUAUGAAGAGGCAAGGUUAUUAACUUAUGGGGACUUUGUUUCUAAAUUUGUUUAUCAUAAACGAAGUCGAAGUUGGAAACCAAGGAAACGAGGGUAUACCAUUGGUCGACUCAUUUGGGUUCCUCAAAGCACUGGCGAGUUGUUUUAUUUAAGGAUGAUGCUGACUGUCAAAAAAGGACCUUUAUCCUAUAAUGACAUCAAGACGGUUGACGGUAAGAAGCUAAAGACAUUUAGAGAUGCAUGCUUUGCAAUGGGUUUUUUACAAGAUGAUCGUGAAUUUAUCGAGGCCAUCAAAGAGGCACAUCAGUGGGGUUCAGGUCAUUUUUUACGAAAGCUAUAUGUUACCAUGUUACUAUCUUCAUCGAUGAAUAGACCGGAACAUGUUUGGAGAAAGACUUGGAUGUAUUUAUCAGAUGGCAUUCUUUAUGAUCAACGAGUCUUCGCAAGAGAUCAAGGUCUGACAAUGAGUGAUGCCGAGCUAAAAGAACGGACACUCAUGGCUAUUGAAACACUAUUGCAAAAUAAUAAUCGAAGUUUGAAGGACUUCAAGACCAUGCCAUAUCCGAAAGAUUAUGUCGAAUCCUUUACAGGAAAUCGACUCCUUUAUGAUGAACGACAAUAUGAUGUUCUUGCUCAACAACAACUUUUUGAAAGUCUCUCCGCUUCCCUUACAGAUGAACAAAGAAACAUCUUUGAGGAAAUCAUGGAUGCCGUAGAAAAGCAAGAAGGCGGAGUUUUUUUUUUAUAUGGCUACGGUGGCACUGGUAAAACCUUCAUGUGGAACACUCUAUCAGCAGCACUUAGGUCUAAGAAAAAAAUUGUUUUGCCGGUUGCUUCAAGUGGGAUUGCAAGUCUAUUAUUACCAGGUGGAAGAACAGCUCAUUCCAGAUUUAAGAUUCCUGUCCCUACUUUAGAGAAUUCUAUAUGCAACAUUGAAAAACAAGAUCAUCUUGCUGAGCUUCUAAAGAUGACAGAUCUAAUCAUAUGGGAUGAGGCUCCUAUGGCUAACAAGUUUUGCUUUGAAUCACUCGACAAAUCCUUGAGAGAUAUUAUGAGUGGAAUCACAAAUGCAUCUAAAAGAGUUUUUGGAGGAAAGGUUGUUGUGUUUGGAGGUGACUUCAGACAAAUUCUCCCUGUUAUACCAAGAGGUACUAGAUCUGAUAUUAUCCAUGCAACAAUCAAUGCGUCUUACAUUUGGGAUCAUUGUAAAGUCUUGAGGCUUACAAAGAACAUGCGCUUGCAAACUGGUCAGCCUACUUCUACAGUUGAUGACAUAAGGAGUUUUUCUGAGUGGAUUUUAAAAAUUGGAGAUGGGACCAUGUGCGAGCCAAAUGAUGGCUAUGCUGAUAUUUGUAUUCCAGAUGAGUUCUUAAUUUCCAACUUUUCAGAUCCGAUUAAGGGAAUUGUUGAAGAUACGUACCCUGAUCUCAUUCAUAACUAUCUUGAUUCCAGUUAUCUUCAAAGUCGUGCGAUCUUAGCUUCAACAAUCGAAGUAGUCGAUGAUAUCAACCAAUAUAUAACAAACCUUCUUCCAGGAGAAGAGAAAGAAUACUUUAGCAGUGAUUCUAUUGAUAAAUCUGAUGUAAAUAGCUUUGAUGCAUAUGAGCACGUGACACCCGAGUUCCUAAAUGCUCUUAAGACUUCGGGAUUGCCUAACCAUUCAAUAAAGUUAAAAGUUGGGGCCACUAUUAUGUUAAUGCGCAACCUAGACCAAUCUGAAGGUUUGUGCAAUGGUACAAGGCUAACUGUUACCAGGCUUGCUGCUCAUGUCAUUGAAGCUAAGAUCAUUUCUGGAAAAAAUGUUGGUAACUUAUUUUAUAUUCCUAGAAUGUCUUUGUCCCCUUCUCAAUCACCAUGGCCAUUUAAACUGGUGAGACGCCAAUUUCCAAUUAUUGUUUCCUUUGCCAUGACUAUUAACAAGUCUCAAGGCCAGUCACUUGACAAUGUUGGUUUGUACUUGCCAAAAGAAGUUUUUAGUCAUGGACAGUUAUACGUGGCUAUCUCAAGAGUCAAAUCCAAAAAGGGAUUAAGGAUUCUCAUUCACGACAAAGAUAAGGAACCUAUGCUCUCUACCACCAAUGUUGUAUUCAAAGAAGUGUUCCAUAACAUUUGAAGGUCCAAACAUCCUACUCAUUUAGGAGAAUCAUGCUGCAGCUUUGUUUUCCUUUUUAUUAUUCGUCGCUACAUGUUUUGGAGAGUCCUUUGCAGCUGUCUCUCGAGUAUCACAUGCAAAAAAAUUGUAUAAACUAUUAACUAUCAAUUUGAUAUGUUGUGACUUGCUCAAAACUCAUCUUUUUGGAACAAUGACUUUGGUUCAUAAAUCUUAUUUAUUUGGAUGUACGAUAUAUAUCAU